AACCGUUUCUUUAACAGGUAUCCGUGGUGUAUUCGAUGGAGUCAUCGAGAAUAUGCAUCUACAUUGGAAGCACAGAGAACUGGUGAAGCUUAUAUCGAAACAGAAGAGUCUUGCGUUUGUUGAAGACACGGCUCGGUUACUAGAAUACGAGAGCGGUGGGGUUCUUGUGGCAAUAGAGAAGGUUCCUAAAGGAUUUGCUCUUAUUUAUUACCGUGGAAAGAAUUAUCAGAGACCCAUUAGCUUGAGACCAAGAAACCUUCUCACGAAAGCAAAAGCAUUGAAACGUUCCAUCGCAAUGCAACGCCAUGAGGCACUUAGUCAGCAUAUCUCUGAACUGGAGAAAACAAUAGAGCAAAUGCAAAAUGAACUUACUGCAAAAAAACCGUCGUACAAUGAAUCAGAAUGGGAGAAUGAUGAUGAUGACGACGACGAAGAUGGCGAGGAGGAGAAAGAUGAUGCAGAGGAUGAUGAGAGUGACUGGGACGAAGAAGCUGAUAGUGAAUCUACAAUAUCUAGUUUAGAAGAAGCUGAUUAUCCAUUACGCUAAAGGAUGAGGCAUGCAUCGUUUUGUUUAAUCUCAGGAGGAGAAUGAUCUCGGAGGUCUGUCCGAGUUUUGAAACAGAAAUGGUUAUAUGUGCGUUCAUUGCUGGUAAAAGAAGAGAAAGUAGAGAUUCAUCAUCAUCAUCAACUUGUGUUAAGUAACAAAGAGCAAUUUAUUUGUUUUUCUUUUUUUUACGAAAAAAAAUUGUAUGUUUAUUUGUCAAUGUAUUAUCGUACACUACUUAAAAAGUAUUUAACAAAUGUUUAGUGAUGUA